AUGGCAGGCCGACAAGGGCCUCGCCUCGAGAUCCGCGAGGACGACGGUGCUCCGGACGCCAGCAACAAUACCUAUGGCACCUACCUCUCUCUGCCUAACUCACCAACCAACACUCGCCGCCCGACAAUGAGCAGACGUCCAUCUACAGGCGAUGGACCCGACGAGCGGUCCCCGCUGCUCACGGGCUCGCGCACGUCGCGCAUCCGCAUCCACAGCGCCCACGGCUCACCCCGCGUGCCCAUCCUCUCGCGCAACCAGAGCUACGCCGACAGUGUCAAGAGCACGCGGCACCACAGCCGCGCCAACUCGUGGGGCUCGCGCCUCAUGAACGCCUUUUCUGACCGCCAGAACAACGACCGCCCUGACCUCGCCGACUCCCACGGCUCGCUCUUCUUCCCCGACGACCGCGUGUGGUACGACCAGUUUACGUCCACCGACUGGGUGCACGAUACCAUUGCCGAUUCAUACCGCCAGAAGGCGCUGCGCAGCCGCAAGGACUUUUGGGGGCGUGUUUACCUCUUGUUCGACGGCGCCCAGGGCUGGAUCCUCAGCGCCCUGGUCGGGUUUGUCGUGGCUGUACUUGCAUACGUCAUCAAUGUCUCGGAGGCCACCGUCUUUGACUUCAAGGACGGCUAUUGCCGGCGGGGGUGGUUCAUUUCCGAGAAGAAGUGCUGUCCCCACGGGCCCUGCACUGACUGGCGCGACUGGGGCGAGGUGCUGCAGGGCUGGCCGUUCGGCGAGCGCUGGACCGAGUACGCGGUUUACAUCGCGGCCGUCAUCACGCUGGCUUGUCUGUCUUGCUUGCUUACCUUGACUACGAAGACCGUCGUGCCCUCCGCCUAUCGGCUGAGCACGCUAGAUGAAAACCUCGCCGCCGACCCGGCCACGCCCCCCGACAGCGAUGCGGGCACCGAGACCAGCCCCGUGCGGUCCUCGCCUAUCGUGCCUAAGGAACACCCGGCCGCGUCGCCCCCCAUGAUCUACUACUCUGCUGCCGGCAGCGGCGUCGCCGAAGUGCGCGUCAUCCUAUCCGGCUUCGUCCUGCACGGCUUCCUCGGCCUGAAAACCCUCAUCAUCAAGUCUAUGGGCCUGAUCCUCUCCGUCGCGUCCGGCCUCAGCCUCGGCAAGGAAGGCCCCUACGUGCAUAUCGCCACCUGCGUGGGGAACAUCGCGUGCCGUUUGUUCAGCAAGUAUGACCGCAACGACGCGAAGCGCCGUGAGGUCCUCAGCGCCGCCGCCGCGGCUGGUGUUGCCGUGGCGUUUGGCGCGCCGUUGGGAGGGGUACUGUUUGGCCUGGAGGAGGUCGCGUACUUCUUCCCGGCCAAGACGCUCUUCCGCACGUUCUUUUGCUGUAUUACUGCUGCGCUGACGCUCAAGUUUUUGAAUCCGUAUGGGACGCAUAAGAUUGUCAUGUUCCAGGUGCGGUAUCUAGUGGAUUGGGAGUACUUUGAGAUACUGAGUUUCAUUAUCGUGGGCGUGUUGGGUGGUGCCGCGGGAGCGCUGUUCAUCAAGGCUUCGCGGCGCUGGGCGAAGACUUUUCGGAAGAUUCCGAUGAUUAAGAAGUACCCUAUGUUGGAGGUCAUGUUGGUUGCGUUGGUGACGGGUCUGGUGAGCUACUGGAAUGUGUUCACCAAGCUGCCGGUGGCGAAGUUGUUGUACAAUUUGGCCGCUCCGUGCGAUGAUCGCGAUCAGAAUCUGGAGGAUUUAGGGCUGUGUCCGACCGAGAAGGGGGAUAUCCCGCCUGCGCUGGCGAAUUUGCUUGCUGCGUUUUUGAUUAAGGGGUUAUUGACUAUUAUUACUUUUGGCAUUAAAGUCCCUGCCGGCAUCUACGUCCCGUCCAUGGUCGUCGGUGGUCUAAUGGGUCGCUUCUGCGGGCACGUCGUGCAAUGGGUGGUCAUGGCCACGCCCAACUUUGGUCUCUGGGGCACCUGCGGCCGCAUGCCGGGUACUUGCAUCCAGCCCGGCGUGUACGGCUUGAUUGCUGCCGGUUCAACCAUGUGCGGUGUUACUAGGCUCUCGGUUACCCUCGCCGUCAUUUUGUUCGAGCUGACGGGUAGUCUGGACUACGUCCUGCCUUUUUCACUGGCCAUCUUGGUCGCGAAGUGGACGGCAGACUUUAUUGAGCCUCUUAGUAUUUAUGACCUCCUCACAGAAAUGAAUUCCUACCCUUACCUCAAUAACAAACACAAACCCAUCUUCACCUCCGAGCUAGCCGACAUUAUCCCCCGCACUAUCCGCCCCCAUCGCAUUAUCGACAUCACCAACUCCCCGCUCGUCGCUGCCCCAACUCUCCGGCACAAACUUGAACUCUUGCACCGCGCCGGCGAGCUCGACGGCGGCCUGCCCAUCGUGCGGGAUGGCAUCCUCGUCGGCUUAAUUCCCGCCCCUGAUCUGGAAUACGCUUUAGAUCAACUUCCGGAUGAGGAGAAUAGUUUGUGUUUGAUGGCACCGGUGCAGAGUAUUGAAGAGGAUGAUGAGGCGGGGGAGGAUCCGACGGACUUCACACCGUAUAUUGACCCUGCGCCGGUGGCGCUCGAUAUCAGGAGUCCGAUGGAUCUGGUGUAUGAGUGUUUUGCUAAACUGGGGUUGAGGUAUAUUUGUGUGGUGAGGGAUGGGCGGUAUGCGGGAAUGUGCCAUAAAAAGACGUUUGUUAAGUAUAUGAGGGAGGUGGAGGAGAAGGAGAGGCAUAUGUUGUGA